AUGGUGGCCUUCUACACAAAGGCGGGCGCCCAUGACAGCCUGGCGGCGUUCUACGAGCGCUGCGCGGCCGCGGAGGUCGAGGGGCGGCGGGACUACCCAAAGGCGCUGCAGGCGCGUCCGAUCCGCGGCCGCGGGCGAGCGCUGGAGGAGGCGGCCCGCCAGCUGGCAAAGAGCCGCGCCCCGGACUUGCAGGAGCGCCAGGCAGACCUGGAGGCGCGCGCGGCGGGGAUCCGGUCUUUCCUCUCGGCGCGCGGCCUGCUGGCCAUGGACCCCGCCGCAGCGGUCGGCACCUGCCAGCAGCUGCUCUCCGCAGACCCAGGCGGCGGCGGCGGCGGCGCAGGGGCGGGGUCGGGGGCGUCGGCGGCGGGGCCGGGGGGCGGCGCGCGGGUGCGGGCGGGGGACGUGCUGGGUAUGCUGGUGGAGUGGUGCGUGGCGCAGGGCAACGCGCCGCAGGCGCUGCAGCUGCUGCAGCAGAUGGUUUCGCGGGGCCUCGUGCCGGAGAGGUUCUUGGCGCCGGAUGUCGUAGCCGGGGUUUACGCGGAGAUGGGGGUGGAGCAGCCGCUGCCGCCCCAACAGCAGCAGCAGCAGCAGCAGCAGCAGCAGCAGCAGCAGCAGCAGCAGCAGCAGCAGGGCAGCUUGAGCGGCGAAGUGGAGGAGGAGGUGGCUGAGGAGGACCUGCCCUUCAUGGGGGAUGCGGCGGAGGAUUGA